AAAUAUAGAGCCUCUGUGUGGUUCCGUCUUUCUACACUUUAUCAUUUCAGAUGACUAAGUAAUCAGUUGAAAUCAGUCAACUCAAUCAGUAAAUCCAAAUGGCAAAGCUAAAGAAAACAGAUCAGCAACGUUCUCAGUAUAGCCAAGAGAGCCUCGUUUAAAAAUAUACUUUUAAUCAACCUGUUCAGAUAUGUUAUAACACCUCUGGGAGCUGUACAAGCGCAACGGGGAAUUGCAGAAGUAGCUGAAAGGGAAAUACGCAGACAGCCUGGGCCUUUGGGUAGGCCAUCAAACGCGUCACAAUUCCCUUCUUCCCAGCAAUGUGUUUGAGGCUGUUUGAAAGGGUGCUUCCUCCUCCUAGACAUUUGCUGAUCAACUUGUUCACGGAUGUUAUUACACGCCCACCCUCCGCAGCCGGUAGGGAUUUCAAUCCAGGCCUCCUGGUCCAGAGAUGGAGUGCAUGGCUUCUCUGAUAUUAACUAUGCCACCAGGACAACCAGUUACUCUUGUUACUAUGGAUACUGUUGCCACGUUACACGAGAUACUCUGUGAGAUCUGAGCCCUGCUGAGGUUCUGGUUGGAUCCUGAUUAUCCACAACAUGCGGACCCCACCACCGAUGAUCAUUGGAAUUAUCAGUGCUCCUGUUGGGCUGGUCCUGGUGUUUGUGGCUGUGUUAACCCCACAGUGGCGCCAGGGGUCUAUUAACCUGGGGAAAAACAUGGCCAUGAAGUCUGAUGGUCUGUGGGAAUCGUGCCUAGAACUGCAGGACACUAAACAGUGCUGGCCAGUGACCACAGUGUAUCAGAGGGAUGAAAUUGUGCAGUGGUCCAGGGCCCUCAUGCUGAGCUCCCUCCUGGUGUGUGGAAUGGGAAUCAUUGUGGCCAGUGUUGGGAUACGUUGCUGGAUGGACUUCCCCCUUCGUAAUGUAGCUGGAGCUAGUGGAGUUGUCAUUAUCUUGGCUGGAUCUUUGUGUAUCACCCCACUAACUCUCUACAUGACUUUCAUGCAGGAAAUCAGCCCUGACACCCACACCCGCUACCAAAGUGGGAGCUCCCUAUACUUUGGCUGGGCUGGAAGCUGCAUUGAGAUCUUUGGAGGAAUAGCCCUCGCUCUGAGCUUCACCUGCCCAACAUUUGAGAGAUGUAGAGAGUCAGGACAAAAUGCCAAAAGACCCUAUGAGGUUGAUUACUAGAUCAAAUCAUUGGGCACCAUCUUGCCCUGUUCAUUUCUAAUAUGCUACUAUAGAUUAAGGCAUGUAUUAAAUGUUAAAUCCUAACCGUGUGUUGCAUUAUUAUUAAAUUAAGAGCAUUAGUGUCCUAGUUAGGUAUGUAUCAAUUGUGAUAAAUAAGGGUGCUCUUAGGUUUUCCAGAAUAAUGGAUUAAUUUCCGUUCACUCUUGGGAGCAAACACCAACGAAAAAAUAUCAUUUGACAUUAAAAAAUUUCUUUGAACAAUUGUUCAUCAGUUUUAAAACUUGUUUGCAAAGAAGAGGGUAAUUGGCAGUUGAGGAUCAUCCAACAGGUAAUGAAGUGUAUGUGGCCAAUGGGAAGAAGUGUAUGCAAACAGGUUUAGCAACCCUAGUGAUCCAAGGAGUCCUGCCUUUCUUCAGUCAGUGAGUGAAAUGCACCGAAAUUGACAUAAGGAGGCCUACUUGCACGUUUUCUAGUGAAUGAACCAGGCGCUGAACUAGAUGAGAACACACGUCACAGGGUUUAUCAGCUAAACUUCCAAGUUAGAAUAACAAAUGAAUUGAACUAGUUGGUUUCAUUUU